UGAGACUCGCUGACUAUUUACUUUUACAUUUUACCUGUUGGAAGAGUUGAAAAUGACGAGCGGUAUAAGCUAUACUAGAGAUGUGUUCCUCUGGGGCAUAUCUGGAGUCUAUCUCAUGGCGUUUGCAUCUCUUUAUGUGCAGAUACCUGGUUUGUAUGGAGAAAAUGGAAUAUUACCUGCAAAACUUGUUCUACAAGAAAAGAUAGAUUCAAUAGAAAAACUCUUGGAUGGAGCUCCAACUUUGAUGAAGUUGACCCCACACCUUGGUCUAAAUGCACAGGAAGGGAUGGAUCUCUUGUGCCUAAUGGGAAUGUUGGUGUCCUUCCUUAGUCUGGUGUUCAGUGUGGCACGGGACACUGUCGCCUACCCAAUCCUAUGGAUGUUAUACCUGUCUCUGUACCAGGUAGGACAGACUUUUUUGUGGUUUCAAUGGGAUAUUUUACUCCUGGAGGCAGGAUUUCUGGCCAUCUUAGUAGCUCCACUUAAUCUUCAGUUACCAAAGAAAUGGAGGAUGUCCCCAUACCACCAGCAUGAUAGCAUCACACUGUGGUUGAUACGCUGGCUCCUCUUUCGUCUCAUGUUUGCUUCAGGAGUGGUGAAGCUGACCAGUAAAUGUCCAACAUGGUGGGGGCUAACAGCUCUGUCUGUUCAUUUUGAAUCUCAGUGUAUUCCAACACCUCUUGCCUGGUGGUGGCAUCAACUUCCUCUGUGGUUCCUCAAGCUCAGCUGUGUGGCCACCUACAUGAUUGAGAUCCCCGUCCCUUUCCUCUUCUUCUCCCCCAUCAGAUCCAUGAGGAUAUUUGCAUUUUAUUGUCAGCUGAUACUACAGGUCCUGAUCAUUCUGACCGGUAACUACAACUUCUUCAACUUGCUCACUAUUAUCCUCUGCUUUUCUCUACUGGACGACGAGCACUUUGGAUAUAAAACAGGAAGAAAAUCAUCAUGGCUUGGCAGAAUGAUAAACUUUUUAGCUUCAGUACUUGUCUAUGGCUUCAUUGGCUACCAGAUGUUGCAUCAGUUUUCACUCAAAGUCAAUUGGAGUCCUAGCUUCUCGGUGUCUUCUAGUAUAGCAUUUUCACAGCCACAGUUUACAGCGUGGUUAGACUGGAUAGUUCCCUUGACCAUGACCCUUGGGGCUGUUUCGCUGAGCUAUGAGAUCGUCAUAGCCAUUGUAAGGAGUAUGAUGGAGAAGAAAGCUCUGCACUGGAGGUUAUUAUCUGUUGCCCAGUGUGUGCUGUUUGGAGCUAUAUCUGCAGGAAUGCUUGGCAUCAGUCUGGUUCCCUUAUCCUACCUGUCCAACUCCUCCUACUAUAGUGUCCCCACCAUCUUCAGGAAUGCGCACGAAAAGUUUGAGCCCUUCCAGAUGACUAGCUCUUACGGAUUGUUUAGGGUGAUGACUGGUGUUGGAGGUCGGCCUGAGGUCAUAGUUGAAGGCAGUGACAGCCUAGAAGGAGACUGGAAGGAAUACGAGUUUAUGUACAAACCUGGGAAUCUGUCACGUAUACCUCCUGUUGUUGCCCCUCAUCAGCCCCGUUUGGAUUGGCAAAUGUGGUUUGCAGCCUUAGGAAGCUAUCAACACAACACAUGGUUUGUCAAUAUGGCUUACAGACUCCUUCAAGGUCAACCAGAGGUCAUACAGCUACUCCACCACAAUCCAUUUCCAGAGGAACCACCAAAAUACAUCAGGGCUACUCUCUAUCAUUACCACUUCUCACAGAAUAAUGGGCAGGACUGGUGGGUAAGAGAGAAGAAGAAUGAGUACUUCCCUCCAGUGGAAAAGGAUAACCCUUCCUUAGUACAGUAUCUCAAACAUGCAAAAAUCAUACCAGAGGAAGACACCAAGGGCAAACAGGACCAGAAAAAGAGACAAAUUCUGCCAUCCUUCACUCAAAGAUUUGUGACUUUUGUCAGAAUGCUUGUUGGGCAAACAGAUGGAUUUACAUUUAUUUUGUCAAUAGUGCUGGCUUCAUUUAUCAUCAAUAUAUACAGCAAGUACUUCUGGUAGUUAUAUACUCAGUGUGACAUCAGGAAGAUCAUUGCUCAACAUCUCUAACUGAUAGGAAGAACAGCCCACUGUACAACUGUGGUGGUCCAACAGCUCUUCUGUUACUAAUUGUAAAUUGAAUGUGAACUAUUUCAAAUUUCAAAUCAGAUAUAGAAGUAAAAGUGAAAGGCCAAAGAAAAAAUUAUUUUGUUAAAGGUUUCAUAAAGUUUCGACUUUAUAAGAUAGUAGAAAAAUGCAAAAGUAGUUGAAAUAAAGUUCAGAGAGAAAAUAAUGACACAAUUUAGUAUUUCUGCAAAAUAAAUGCCUUCUGGUUUAAGCUUGAUCAGAUGGAGAAAAUUGAAGUAAAUCACUAUAUCACAAUACAACAAACUUUUAAAGUCAACUGAAGAAAACAGAUUUCAACUUGGAAUGUGUCUCCUCACUGAUAAAGUUACUUCCCCUUCUUCCAUUUACUGAGAGAGUUCAUCAUCAAGCUCUACAUCAUUUUCUGUUUAUUUCUGGUUUGGGAUAUUAUCCUUGUUUUUGAGAUAUUGCUUGAUUUGUCUGUUGGUUAGUCUCUUUGUUAUUGAUAUUUUGAUGGAAUACUCUGGUACUUGUAAAGCUAUAUGUUCAUGCUGCUGAAAUAAUUCCAUUGGGUUGAAUUUCAUAUGAGAUAUCAAAUUAUUGAUAUUUAAUACUAGUCUGUACCAAAGAAAAUAUCUUCUUUAUUGAUUUGAUUUUUACUCUAAAGUACAACAUUCCUGUCUUUUGUGACACUGAUUUGCUUUUGUUCAACAUGUAUUUGAACUUGGUUCAACCAGAUCUGUUUCACUCACGUUUCUCUCCAAAAUCUAUUUCCUUCAAUUGGACCACUUAAUUCACCAUGAUCUUCUGUAGAAAUUUUGCUGUUAUGGACCUGGACCAUGAAGUAUUCUGAACUUUUGUCUUUAUCAUUUUUAGUUUCAAGUUAUUUUGUUUAAAUAUUUGGGAGUGAUUACAAUAUCAAUUAGAUAAACAGUGGUUUUAUCACAUUUUUCCACAACAAAACAAUUUGUGCAAUUUUAUUCCAUUUUAUGUACUUGUCUAUUAUUACCGGUAAACUAUGGUAUGUUAUUUUUAUAAACUACUAUUCAAUUUAAAUUAUGAAAGAUAAUGUUUACUAUGUGAUGACUACUUUGGUCCAGGGUUUGAUGCUAAAUUAAAGUAAGAGAUAGGUAUUGUCAGUCUUAUUAUUUAAUAUAUAACAAUCAGUCAUAUGAUAUAUCUGACAUGACAAAUAUAUUUUUAAUAGAUUAACACUCAUUUCCUGUCAUUAUUUUGUAAUAUCAUAAUUAACUGCUAUACUAUAAAUCAAAUGCUUGGAUGAUGUUUAAUCUUAAGUCUUUCUGUCUCCUAAUGUUGUGAGCAUUUUUCAAGAUCCAAACAGCAUUUACUUUGUUUAGAUUAAAGACUAUUUCUUGCUUGCCUAGUUUAAGUUGUUGAAAAAUUAUUUUAUAUUCAUGUUUUCCAAACUGUUUCAAGUUUUGUAUGUGUAUCAUUUUCAUUAAGAAAUGAUAGAACAUGGCUUUUUCAGGGAUUCAUUGCUUUAUACUUUUUUUUUAUACUAAAUUGAAUUCUUUUUGUGUAGACACAAAACUUGUGUUAUAUAGUAUACCCUAUAUACAAAAUGAACUGGAUUAAAUGCUGCUCUGGUCUCAAUAAUUCAUCAAGUUAUGCAUACUGUAACACCCUGAAGAACAUAGAGUGAAAAUAUUAUUGAUGAGAAAUGGUAAAAUUAUCAGAGAUAAGUCCGAGGUAAUCAACGAUAUGUAUGCGUGUUGUAAUCAGUGAUAUAUACUGGUUAUCAGUGAUAUAUACUGGGUUAUCAGUAAAAUAUACUAGAUUAUCAGUAAUAUAUACUGGGUAAUCAGUGAUAUAUACUGGGUUAUCAGUGAUAUAUACUGGGUAAUCAGUGAUAUAUACUGGGUAAUCAGUGAUAUAUACUGGGUUAUCAGUGAUAUAUACUGGGUAAUCAGUGAUAUAUACUGGGUUAUCAGUGAUAUGUACUUGGUAAUCAGUGAUAUAUACUGGGUUAUCAGUGAUAUGUACUUGGUAAUCAGUGAGAUAUUCUGGGUAAUCAGUGAUAUAUACUGGGUAAUCAGUGAUAUGUACUGGGUAAUUAGUGAUAUAUACUGGGUUAUCAGUGAUAUAUACUGGGUUAUCAGUAAUAUAUACUAGGUUAUCAGUAAUAUAUACUGGGUAAUCAGUGAUAUGUACUGGGUAAUCAGUAAUAUAUACUGGGUUAUCAGUGAUAUAUACUGGGUAAUCAGUGAUAUGUACUGGGUAAUCAGUGAUAUGUACUUGGUAAUCAGUGAGAUAUUCUGGGUAAUCAGUAAUAUUUACUGGGUUAUCAGUGAUAUGUACUGGGUAAUCAGUGACAUGUACUGGGUAAUCAGUGAUAUGUACUGGGUUAUCAGUAAUAUAUACUGGGUUAUUUAUGCCAUUACAGCCAUUAAUUACACAUAUAGGCUGUUCUAUCUUUAGAAAACUAUUUGUUAUGUUGACUAUUUGAUGUCUUAUUUUUUUUACUGAGCUUUUUCUGCUCAAGUGCUGCAUAAUUUAUGAUACCAAAGUGUGGAAUCCUGUUUUCUAUUUUUACAUAUUAGGCUGAUCAUGUCCUUGAUAGUAGAGCUGUGUGAAAUUGAAGAUUUUGAUUAUAGUUCUCCUUUGUGUUGGAAAUUCACUAGUGGGGUAUUAGUCUCUCCCAUUUUGUACCAGGAUAUUUGAAUUCCAUUGGCAAUAUAGAGAUAUUUUUUUCUUGUGAAUGAAACAUUUGUUUCUACUUUAUACAUUAUUACGGCAGCCAAUAUAUGUCCUCCGGUAUACUUUACAACAUUUGUAUAAAUCUUUAAGCUUGUUUAUUUAAUAUUCGGUUGACUCUAAUUACCUCUAUAUGGAAAGCUUUUUCUAGUCAGAAUAUAGUGCCACUUUAUACAAACUGGGAUAGUUUGAACUAAGAGAGUUUAUACAAAAUGUUAAUACUUAUAGGCAAUAGAAAAACUAGCUUUAGUAGGAAUUAAUACUGGUGUUUUUACUCCAAACUUCAUAGAAAUUGUAUCUAGUUUUGAGUACAUUAUAAAUGUAUGAACAAUCAAGGAAUUAUCACUGAGUAUCAGGUGGUUUAUUUACUAUCCAUCUAGAGUUCAGGGGUUCAAGUUUUGGUCUGGUCAUCAAAUGUUCCGUGGUUAGAGUCUUGGUCUGGUCAUUUAGAGAACCUUGGUUAGAGUCUUGGUCUGGUCAUUUAGAGUUCCGUGGUUAGAGUCUUGGUCUGGUCAUCAAGUGUUCCAUGGUUAGAGUCUUAGUCUGGUCAUCAAGUGUUCCAUGGUUAGAGUCUGUCUUUUUAUCUAUAUUUUAGAGGUUAGAGUCUUGAUCUGGUAAUUCAGAGUUCAGGGGUUCAAGUCUUGAUCUGGUCAUGCAUUUUUUUCCUCUCCUGUUCCAUUUUGCAUCCAACAGAUUUUUCACUGGUUGUGGUAUCAAGCCUUUUUGAUGACAGAAUUUGUUGAAGGAGAGAGAAGUGAUUACAGUGUCAGUGUCUCUAGUUCAAAAGUCCCAUGUUGGAGUCCAGUCUAGCUAGUCCUUGUUUUUUGUUUUUUUUUGCACAGGAUACAUUCGUUUAAUGACUUUUACUGUAAUUAGAUAUAAUACUAUCCAUGUGUACAAACUAUUAUUGUGGGAUUGUAUCUUUUUACUAACAGUGAGAUUUAGAUAUCCUGUAAUACAUUUCAGAAUGAAAACAAAUUUUAGUAUUAAGACUUUGAAAGUUAAUGAUUUAUUUUAUCCUAUUACAAAAUUAUUAAUGAUAAUAACAUCUGCAUGUUAAGGCGGUUACUUGCCAUUUUGGUGUUUUGAAUUAUGCAAAUCCUAACAGUUUAUUUGAGAGAAAGUUUAUAAAUUUUCCUUGAAAUACAGAUUACUUCUCAUAGUUUGUUCUAAAGUGUGAUUUGUGUUUGUCUUGGUGCUUAGACCUGUUGUGUUACUAUUGUACCUAAACAGUUAUGUGUGUAGUGAUAACAUGUACCAUUAUCUGUAAAACUGCUGCCUGCAUUUAGUGUAAGUAAUCUUGUGUAUUCAAGCUUUAUUUGUUUUCAGGUGCAUGAUGUUUUUCUAUAGAAAAACACAAUAAAGCCUUUUAUGUUAA